CAGACAGUCAGUCUGUGACGCGCUCCGUACGCGCUGAACAGUAAGGAUUACCAGAGGCUACGGGAUCCAGGAGACCACCACUGCGAGAGGUGAUGCUUGCACCACGAGGAGUCCCAGGUUUCGUUCAUGGGGCUGAGGCCGUCUUCGCUAGCGAAGCCUAAGAUAUCGAUGACAUGGGUCCUCAGGAGUGACCAGGCGUCAGAGCCCCUCAGGACUUCCGCCCCUCCAAAGCCGAGAGAGUCUUCAGAUCCCCUGAAGAACGUGGGCGAACUGACAUCUGAGACAGGAAGACGGCGAGAGAAGCGCUUGCACCACAGAUGUCCAAGGCGAUCCAAGUCCAAGUCCCACAACUCUUCCAGGUUCGGCUACGAGAUAACUGACGUCGACGCAUUUUUGAGCAAGGCCUCCUUAGACAAUCCCGGGAACAUCCCCGUGGUGUUGUCCUCCCCUUGCCUGCUCUACCAGACUCGCCUGGGAGGCCACCAGGAGGAGCUCUCCCUCCCUCUGGGCAUGGUAGUCAACGCAGUCUUCAAGAACCAAGGAUGGCUGUAUGUACAGACUCCCCACGGGGAGGAGGGGUACGUGCGCUACGCUGCCUGCCUCCCCCUCGGGAUCCUACCUCCCCGCACUCCCGCUCCUUGCUGGGAGACCCACACAGACAUCUUCCCCAUGCCGUUAGGUAAUCGCACCGACACGGAGAAGGGGAAGGUGAGCGGUACGAGGUCAGAGUGCGGUGGGGUGCGGACGAAGAGGCACGACGGUCGAGACACCGUAUCAGCGUGCGGCGAGCGCAGCGUGGACAGAUUGUACCUACGAGCUACGAGCGUCAAGUCCCAGCCGCAGGUGACACGACACACGCUACUGGUCAUCAGCAAGGACUACGAGGCGCGGGGGAGGUCGAGUCUGACCGUCACCAAGGGAGAUGUCGUGGCGCUAGUGAGCGGACACGUCAAAGACUGGUUUUACGUCCGCGAUCGGCACGGGAACGAGGGGUUCAUCCCCGCCGUUGUGGCCGGCCACGGCUUCCUUUAAGCUCCUAAUAUAAGUUUGAAUCGAAAAUGUUUAGUAUACAAAGUGCCGAAUCCCAAACUGCAUAAUACCAACAAUGCUGAAUCCCAAGCUACAUAAUACCAACAGUGCCGAAUACUACGCUACAUAAUACCAACAGUGCCGAAUCCUACGCUACAUAAUAUCAACAGUGCCGAAUCCCAAGCUACAUAAUACCAACAGUGCCGAAUCCCAAGCUACAUAAUACCAAUAGU